AAUCACACUUCGCCAAAAAAAGAGUUUGACAUCCUGCUCUCUCUGUGAGGUAAUAUUCGCCGAAAUAGAUUAUGGGAAAUUUAUAUAUGGCCAUUCUAUAUUUCUAUAGGCCUACAUAAACCUCUCAAAUUACUGCAGUCAGCAGAACAGCAAGUCAACGCUUCUAAGCAGCAGGUUACUGAUUUUAUUGCAGCUCGAUAAAGUUUUGAUUUAUCAAAAGAAGAAAGUAAUAGCAAUACGGUUUUUUAGUGUUCAUAAUUACUUUAAAAUUGAUAACAUAAAUCGCUAAUAUUGCACGUUUACUAUGGCGAAUUCUUUUCGUGGUGAAGGAGUUGCUUUGAGUCGUAUUUUCAUGCAGUGUGAAAAGGAUCGUCCAAAGUUUGUGACUGAUUUCGGAUGUUCUCUAAGGAGUUCUGAUGGUGAACAUUCAUUGAUUGAGGUAGAUUGGUCUGGACUGGCUUGGAAGGCUGGAUUCAGAAACCAUGACGUUAUAGAGGCAGUGGAUGCAACAAACUUCAAAAUGAAUGGUGCUGGACAUUGUUCUGUUCUGGAAUAUUUACGAGAAGCUGGACGAACAUGUAACAUGCUUGUUAGACGUGGUACAGCUGACGACGGAGGUGUACAGACCUAUUCAUGGAUAGGGUUUCGUUUGAAAACAAAAAGAGGGGAACCGGUUGUUCGCAAAAAGGUAAAGCGAAGCGUCGGAACCAACAUCGACGAUGCUGAGCGAGUUCACAAAAGUUUGCCAAACUGGGCUCUUCAAACCUCGUCACCCAAUUUCAGGUUUCAGUAUGGCAACACUCAACAGAUCCGGCUGGUUUCUGGACAGGAUACCAACAAUGAUCGCUUCCUGGGCUUCUUCGUAGGUUCAUCGGCUUCAGAACCAAGAUUCACCACAAAAGAUUUUGUCUUGAACAUGCAUACUUACCGAGAGGUUGGCGACUCAAUUUCGGGUACGGUAGCUGCUUUCUCCGCCGUACCCCAACAAAACCAAAACAUGCGAAAUAGACAUACUGGUUGCUUCAACGGAUCAGCAAGUGACGAUGACGAUGAUGAGCGUGACGAUGGACAAGAAGCAUGCUUGUCUGGUGGUACGAGUGGGCCAAUGAUGUUGCCAGAUUUUCCAUCUUGGAUGACCAACAAUGAGCGAAAUAUCCUUGGAAACAACCGAAUGUUCCUGUGGACCCUGAAUAAUAACCAAACAGGCUUACUGUCGACUCUCAGCAACUCGAAUAGCGAGAAGUUGUAUGUGUCUAAUAAGGAUGACGGAGCACAACUGGGAACAAGGAAAGAAGGGCUAGCAAUUGUGUUGGUGACGUCACCAUCAUCAUCCAUCUAUCCUAACCUUGAUGACUAUUAAUUAAUAACACUUCAUCUGCUGAAAAAUAUUUCACAAAGCAACCUUAUUGCAUUUAAGUUGUAUGUUUCAAUCUCGGUUUUCUAAUUUAUAUUGUGGGUUCUGUACUAGACGUGUGAUCGGACUAGUUUUAAGUAGACCAAAUAUUUUUGGUCAUAGGUGCUUGACAAAUUUGUAUCGAUUCAUUUAUCUAUUUUAUUUAUCUAUCCAUCCAUCUAUCUAUCUAUCUAACUAUCUAUCUAUCUACCUAUCCAUCCAUCUAUCUAUCUAUCCAUCCGUCCAUCCAUCGAUCUAUCUAUCUAUCUAUCUAUCUAUCUAUCCACCUACCUAUCCAUCCAUCCAUCCCGUAACGGCUCUCUGCAAAUAAUUAUUACCUGAGGUUUGUGUAUUGCAAAAUUAUUUUGCACGUCACAUGGUUUUAUAUUUUCAUAUCUUAAUUCUAACAUUGUUAAAAUUGUAACAAACAUUUUGUGACUAUCUCUAUGAUUUAAAGAAUUGCAUCCUAACGAAAAGUUUGUUGUAAAAUAACCAAAAAUAAUAUUGGUGAAGCUUUGAGGAAAAUCUAUCAGGGAUUUAGAAAGUUAUUAGAAUUUUUUUUAUUUGUGACGUUAUAUACGAGCAGCUGCUCCAUAUGUUAUGUAAUAUAUGAUGCAUAAAUUUCAUUUUUAAUGGUUCGUGAUGACUUAUUCUUAAAAAAAAAAUCUUUUUUAGGAGUGGAUGUGAAAUGAUGUCUAUUGAUAAACUGAAGGUACAACAUAAACUAUUUUCAAUUUUCUGAUUAAAAAAAAUCAAUGUUCUACCAUACGAUAGGUAGGAAAGCUGCUCAUAUAACGUCACAAAUCAAAUAAAUUCUACCUUUUUAUUCGUUGAUAGAUUUUCCUCAAACCUCCGCCAAUAUCUUUAAUUAUCUUUAAUUUUAUGCUAUUUUUACAACAAACUUUUUGUCAUGGUGAACUUCCCCUUUUAUCGUACAAUAUUAUGCAAGAUCAUAUUUGUAUUGUGAGUUUUCUAUUUGCAUGUGUACUACUGUAAGGACGUUAAAAGCAUACAUUUUAAUAGCUGCGAUUGUAUUGCUUAAAAUAAACAUUGAAAUUAAUGGAGAAAUUGAGGAAUGAAUGAAAUGACUUGAAUAGAAUAAUAUGAACAAAUGAAUUAAAACGUUCUCGUGCACAUGUUAUUGCAGUUUAUUAUAAGGAUUUGCAGAAGUGACGGAGGUAUGUUCUCUGAAAGAACAAAUAGAAGAAGGGAAUCAGAUGAAGAAGAGAACCCUUCAUCAAAAUCUGACCGAUAAAUAAUAAAAUUACUUGCAUUAAACCUUAACAUUAUACCGUCACCAUCGUCACAAACAUUUGAUGUGCACAAUAAUAAGCAAAGGUACAUGUAUUUGAGUGAACCAAUGAUGUCACAAAUGCAUUCCUUAUUAAGAAAUGUCAAUAAUUUGAAUUUUUGUUCCAAUAAUCUAAACUAUAUCUUAAUAACGAUAGAAACGAGGGCUUCUUUACAAUUGCAUCUUCCAAAUAAGUAUACACUGUGUUUGUGAUUUCAUAGGUUGUUUGCUUUUAAUGACUUUGUGUUGAUAGAUUGAUCUAUGUACUGACUUUGUACUAUAGUCUUUCCACAGCAACCGAGGGAAGCGAUACCUGUACAUGGCUCCACUGCGCCAAUCCUUAGUGUUAUAUUUGUCGAUGAAUAAUUUUGAAAAAUUGUUAUGUAUAAUAUCAGUCUCUCAUCUAAAUAUUGUAAAAAUUGUUCAUGUACUGGACAGAAAUAAUUUGUGGAACGUUGAUACGAAUGUAUAUGAAUUAAAGUCAACCAUCUAAAUAA